GUUAGAUGGAUUCCCUAUUUGUGACGUACAAACAGAAUAUGUGCUUGAGGAAAAGUUUUAUAGUGCUGUUGACUAAGGGUGACUGUGAAGCUGUUGGUGAAGAUUUUCAUGCAGAUGUCUAUGAGGGCUGUAUGAAUAUAGAUGGAAAUGAGUUUAUGAAGUUCAAAAUUCCAGAUAGUGUUAAGGAUGCUAACAUCAAAAAAAUGGCCAAAGAUUCAGCUCAAGAGGCUUAUUUGUUGUUGAAAAGAGACAUUGAUGUUGUGGUGCACACAUAUAGGGAGAGGUUGGAUGAAGCUAUAAAAAGACUGUUCAAGAUGAGGGUGUUGUGUCUGUUACACAACAAAUAUUUAAAGAUAAUAAUUGGUUGUCUUCAGUUGAUGCACUUGUUGAACAUGUAAUUCAAAAAACAAAUGGAUCUAAAAAUGUGGAUGUUAAUGCUGCUGGGCAGUCUACUCCUAUCCAAUAUCAAGAAAAGCCUGAUGUAACAAACAUUCCAUCGGCUUUGAAAGAAUGUUGUUCUAUCAACCUGGGGCCAUGCGGUGUUGACGUCCCAUAUGUGUCCCAGUUAAUGAUCACAAACAAGGAAAUAUUUAAAGAGUUUCAUUCACUAGCGAAGGAGGUUAUGGAUUAUUGUUUCCUAAAGGAAACAAUGGAUAAGUUUGAAGAUAUAUUUGCAUUUGGUGAUUUUUAUGCUUUAUCAUGCAAGGAAGCAUUCACUUUGAAAAAUAAUGAGAAGAUUUCGUCGGUAGUUUUUGAUUGUUGGGCAGUUUAUUCGAACAUGAUUGAAAGAAAUCAGGAGUAGCCUGUGCCUGAUAAAGAAUUAAAAGCAUUUUUAUUCACAUCCCAACACUGCAUAAGUGUGUAAUACCUUUAGCAGCUUUGUUUGUUUUUAUUGUACAUAAUAUUCAUUUUUUUUGUUUGGUUUCACGUAUUAGCGUGCUUUGGGUAUGUUAAUGUCUGAAAUGCACGAUGAGAAAGCGAAUGACUUGAAGGUCGAGGUUGUUGAUGCUUGGGAAAUUCAUGUUAAUUUGAUUAGAGCCGAU